AUGUUCUUCUCCAGAAAGAAGAUUCAAACGUACUUUGGAAAGCCUGCCGUCAUCAACAACCUUCUGAGCUGCCAAUGCCACCCCUGCAAACAAGCCCGAGAAACGACGUCAAAGCUUGAUGAAAGGGAACGACUUAGGAUCAUCGAGAGCUCCAAAGAUGGCCGAAUUCUCUUUGCUCUUAUGGUUUAUCUUAGAAAGCUACACUUUGUUUACGCCUGGUUUGACUCGAGCGAAAGAGAAAGGGAUCUCGACCACGCGAUAUCUCAUCUCCAUCGCCAUGGUACUUUUAACUCACUCAUGAAGAACGAUAUGGAGAAACGACUCUUCAAAGAGGCCUGUGACCAGGCUUUGGAGAUGCUCAACCCAGUCCGACUUUCCUUCUCCGUUUCCGAACCGCCCAAGAAAUAUGCUCACUCUCAGAGGUUUCCAUUCCGCGCCGUGAAACCAAUCCAGGGGGGAAACUUUGGGACUAUCUCAAAGUUUGAGAUUUUUGAAGAGUACUGUGACCCCCCAGUAGAGGCACGCAUGAAAGAGUAUGGCAGAUCCGUAAUUGGCCAUGGCAAUGAGAGAACGCUUCUAUUCGCCAUGAAGUCUGUCAAGAUCCCAGACAGAGAUCAUCUCGUCCUCGCCGAACAGGAGGUGCUACGUAUGGUGUCGAACAUCGAAAGCUCCGCUGCCGAGAACAUCAUCACCUUGCUCACCUGCUAUACCUGGCACAAUGAGAUGCACUUUGUGUUUCCUUACAUUGAGACUGAUCUUUUCAAGCUACUCAGGCAGGAACCGAUCAAUGAUGUGUCUCCAUGGCUUAAUGAUCAGGCUCUGCCUGAGAAUGAGCUUUGGAAGGAAAUGGUUGGCGUCGCCUCCGCCCUGAGCGUCAUCCAUACGGGCUUGAUAAAUCCGUUCGAAGGAGUACACGGUAGAGUCUUUGCAUGCCACUUCGACUUGAAGCCCGCCAACAUUCUCGUCACCGCGGAUGGGAAGCUCAAGAUUGGGGACUUUGGACAUUCUAACAUCCAGAUUGUUGCCCCGCAAGGCAAGCCUAAAGUCAUGUAUAGAGGAGGCGACCCGAAGUAUGCUGCUCCGGAAUCACGGCUGCCGUUGGAGCAGACUGAGACGUGGUUUCAGCCGCAUGGGGACGAGACUGCCCCAGCUCUCAAGUAUGAUGUUUGGUCACUGGCCUGCAUCAUGACCGAGGUGCUGAUUUAUCUUCUGAACCGCCAAACCCCCGGGGAAGUCCCCACAGAGAACCCCUUGGUCAGAUUUGACAGGAGCCUUGACCAGCGCACCCAAAGUGAAUUCAAUGGCAGAUUCUUCGACCAGAGAGGUGUCAAAGAGUGUGUCACGACAACCAUCGAGGCAUUUAGAGACAGGUUCUCUCCUGAAUCUCCUGCCAGCCGGUACAUGUCAACAAUCAUCGACCUUCUCUCCGGCAUGUUUCAGUACCAUAAUCACGAGAGGAUCUCUUCUCAGGAUGUUGUGGACAAGCUAUAUGAAGCUGAAACCACAUAUCAAGAUAGUCGGGACACGGAUAAUCUCGCCUUUGAGAUAAGGCAACAUAGCGCCCCAGCCGAUGAUGACUUUAAGGAGAUUGGGUGGGUGCCGGCCCUGCCAGGGAACCGUAGCGAGGAGCCCGUUUCUUUUGAUAAGAUGAACGGCAUCACAGUUGAAGUAGUUUGUCAACACAAGCAGAAACGGUACUGCCGGGACGAGCCUUGCCGCAUCAGACUGUUUCGCAAACGACUGAGGGGGGAAUCAAUGCCUACGUUUAUCAUGUACUGGGCCGUGAAAGAAAAGGGGGCCCCGGAAGUAAAGAAGAAAACAAUCAGCUUUCCAGAGUGGGCAUUCAAGCCCACCUACCUAUUUCAGGAACAGUCUGGAGAUGAGCAACAGUUCGAAUGCAUCUUGUUUCCUGUGAAGGAAAAGAUCAGAGACCGUGCAUUUAUAUUCCUAUUUCAAAGCAUCACUGACGUACGUGCCUUUCAAGGAGCACUAUUGCAGAAGAGAGUAUCAAGUUUCGAGUUCUCUGGAGCAAAGGUCGAAGUCAAAGCGUGUCGUUCAAAGGUUUCUGAGCCGUUCAACUCAGCCUCUGUGCAGUUCUGGACGGGCGAAAAUCCCAUACUUCUACCCGAUAACAGAGACAGAAGAGCAAGCGGAUCUAUUCAUAGUCUUCCAAGGACUCCAGAGCCCUCGAGGGAAACCAUGGUCAUCCUCUCGCCUGGAAAGGCGCUCCUGCAACUUGAUUUGAGCGACAGAUCGAGGAAAUUUGAUGUUGAUGAGAACGAAAAUGUAAUCAUCUUGCCCAGAGAUCGUAGGCACUUUGUGGCCGUCAAGUCAGAGCCCUGCCACCCCUGGCAGCCUGGACAGCAAAAUGCUACGUGGCGGAUGUUUACCACACCAGCAAUACGAAUGGAUGAAGAAAACAAGGUGAAGAUUGAAAAGAUUUCAGUGAUCAUGAGGCCCGAAGAAGCUCAAGAUCAACUCAACAAGCUUUGGAGCGCAACAAGCUCAACGCCGGGGAACUGGGAUGAUCUAGAAGAGUGA